AUGGCUGACAUUGAGCUAGAUGACAUUGAGAACCUGGACCCGGAAGAUAAGGUUAACUAUGUUGAACCUGAUACCCAUGUUGAAGCUAAUAACCAUGGUGAAGCUGAUAACCAUGGUGAAGCUAAUAAUAAUGGGGAGGAGGACAACACCGGUCAAAAGGAGAACACUGGUGAUGAAAAUGACUUCACUGAGGGUGAAGGCAUGAGUAAUCAUAUCUCAGAGGAGAUUGUCCAACUCCAGGCUAAAGUGUCAACUCAGAAUAUCACCAUCCUGCAGCAGCAGAAGUCCAUUGAUGGACUCACAAAGCUGACUAACAAGCUUAAGGCUGAGUUGGGCGUUUUGAGGGAGCUUAGGAGGGAGGGCAUUUACCAGCCUCCUCCUGGGCGUAGGCCCGCUCCUGCUGCUCAGCCGGCACCCGCUCCGCCUGCACCUCCGCCGGUAGGCACUGCAACGGCUGUGCAUCAGCCACCUCGAACCGAGACUUUGCCCUUUGGAUCUCUCUCGGCGCCUCUGCCUGAGUUUAACCAUAGCAAGACAGAGGUGCAGCCUUGGCUUGACUUGGUGAAUGACACCAUGACCCUUGAGAAUGUGCGUCCUGAGGCUCGCGUUACUGCAGCCACUCGGGCAUUGGACGAGGUGGCCCGCAGGGCAGUGUAUGGCGCUAAGAAGCAGGCGCAGGGACCGUUUGAAUGGCCGGAGUUCUGCACCGCGUUGAAAGAGGCAUUCAUGGUCAAGAAGUCCGACCUGGAACUGCGCGGACGCCUUGAGAGUAUCAAGUGUCGUGACCGUUCGGUGCAGGAAUAUGCGGUCGAGUUUGAGGCCGCAGCACGCUUGCUCCAGAAGCCCUUGUUUGAGGAGGAGAUGAUGCACGUCUUCAUGAAAGGCCUCCCUGUCAAGCUGCAGCAGGCACACAUGACCGGUGGCAUGACCAAUUAG